AUGACACAUCACUCCCAAACGCGAUCGAAGCCGUACAGCCGGAUAGUUCCAUACCUACAGAAGCUAAGGAAGAGUCGAGUAAAGCAGAGAGGAGAGAUCUUCAAGGACACGUUGUACGGGACGAAGGUGACGAUACCGUUUACUGAGUUGGUUAGGCUUACACCGGGGUAUGCUAGGUAUAUCAUGGACAUGAUCAAGGAAGACAGAAUCCCAAAGGACGUGCAUGGAAUCGAGAAAGUCAAGGGAAUUCUGGAGAAAGGAGACGAGUUCAGCACCCCUAAGUUAGAGGAUCCAAGUAGUUUCGUUAUACCAUGUAAGAUAGGAAAUAAGAUUAGUUGUGAUUGUCUAGCCGACAUAGGAGCUAGUAUUAACCUGAUGCCUUGGAGCAUGAACACUAAGUUAAGUAACGUUGCACUAGAUACCACCAUGAUGACUAUUAAGUUAGCAGACCAGACCUUCCAACGUCGUUUGGGAAAGACCCAAGUAGUGAUAGUUACCGUUGGAGACCUACAUUUUCACGCAAAAUUCGUAGUUAUGAACAUACCGGGAGAUAAGAAGGUACCUAUAAUUUUAGGAAGACCUUUCCUUAACACAACCAAAGCAGUAAUAGAAGUAGCUGAACGUAGUAUUACCAUAGGAAAUGAUAGGAGGAAGCUUAGCUUGACCAUGGAAGGAGACCCAGAUCUAGGUAAGGAUGAUAUAGGAAUUUGUGCUGAAGAAGUUGAAUUAGUAGAUGCAGAAAAUAGAACAAAUCAGGAAAUUGAGGAAGUAUUAGGAAUAGGAUCGCCAGAUCAUCCAUGGGAUUUAGGAGAGUUAGAAGAAGAUGGGUUCGAUGGGACCUUAGUGCAAACACCAAAUAACCUCAUCACCUCAUUAGAAGAACCGCCAACCGAUCUUGAGAUGAAAUCGUUACCAUAA